AUGGCGCCGCGCAACCGGCUAGACGCGCCAGCGGCGGCCCUCAACCCAGAGCGAUCCGAUGACGAGGUCUUCCUCGACCGAUUUGCAGAUAACCCUCUCGGCGGCACAAAGUUGUACGAAUUCUUUCUUUCUUGGCCCGCAAACGACUACUUCCCUUCUCGUCAAGAAGUGGAGCGAAUUGCCCAACACCAAGUUGACACCAUAUUCGGCGCCUUCGACAGAGUACGUUACAUCCUGGAACGCCACGAAGACACCAUUAGGAAGCGAUGGACCAAGAAGAGUACCAGCAAGAAAAGGAAGCUUCUGCUUGCGGCGCAGCCGAACAUGCCAAACGAACAUCGACCUGACAUGGACGCUGAUAACGCGGUGAUAUUCUCGUUUCCGCCAGGUCAGGGUGUGAUGGAUUUCGCGACAAGUAUGGCAAUUGCGAAGAAUAGCGAAGCUUGCAUGGUCCCAUUCCUGAACAUGGAGGACCUUCUCCAACCCGGAACCUUUCUGACUUUGUUGAGCUCGCGUGGCCAUAACCCCAUAGCGUCGUUCAGCCAAACGGAACUCCUCCAUGCCCCACUCGCCCGUUGGCUAGAGGAGACCCUUCAAUCCCACCUGCAAACAUACACAAUGCUCUUAGCAGGAAGAGAUACGCGAGAUACGUACGGCCGGCUGAAGUUUUGGAGAAGCAAGAGCGAAGCCCACCAAUCGAUCCACAAGGGUAGAAGCGUGUAUCCGGGUCAUGGCUUACAGAUCCUGGGCAUACAGAAGAUACUGUAUACAUUCCUCCAGCGAUGCUGCUUUCUUCUGGUAGGCGAUCUCUUGUCAAGUGAGAAAGCACGUCUGGACCAAUACCCUGUCAUACGCCGACCGACAUCUUUGUUCAAUGCCGCUACCGAUCACAAGAACCGAGCAGAAGUCUCGCUGAUGACUCCGUACGGAGUCCCUGCACAGUUGAGCUUCGGCCGUCUACGUUGUCUGAUCAGCUCAAAAGUCGGUGAACUAGAAGAUCACAUCUGGGCAUUACGCGAAGACCCUGGCUACUUCUCAGAGGUGUUCAACGACUACAAGUCACAUCGUACUGAGUACAUCGUUUCUAUGGACGGCAAUGUCAACGCUAUAAUGAAGGAGCAGCCCCAUGCGAUCUUUGCCCUCAUCCUUCGGGAACUCAUCACUGAUCCAUACUAUGAAUUAUCCUAUUGGCAUGAGUGUCUCCGUCUCCUUGACCGCCUGACCUCCACAGCCUUGCGUCAUGGCUUCCAGUUCGAUUCAAACAAAGAGCUACCAGAAGACUAUCGAAAAGACAUUCUGAGGCUGUGGUCGACUCUAAACGCAAUCCACAUGGAUGUCCAUGAGUGCUUCCGUCAGCGCGUUCCCGCCACACCAGGCAUGCGACCCUAUUUUGUCAAGGCAAAGGCAGACCCAAACAAUGGAGGCUGCGGUUUCAUAAUCGCGAGAUCAAAAGCAGCGGGAGAUCCAGUCACUCUCAGAUUUCUCAACGUUUUGACCCGUAUCACCAAUGCGCGCAACCCACCCAAAGAGGCUUUCGUGGCUGAACUGGACGACCUAGAGAGGCUGGUGAUCAAACAUCCUGCCGCCAAAGACCUUCUGUCGCCAUUUGUAUGGGCCGAUUUUUCUCAACUGUCAGUCUCGUCGGAAUGCAUCCAACAAAUCCGGUCUUACCAACCGUGGUCAACACAGAUCGAAUAUGAGAUGGAUUCUCGAAUGCAUGAGUUGAGCCUGGAAUUCCGUCACUUCACAGAAGUAUGGGGACCUGUAUCGGGUAUGCGACGUUUUGAUGAUGUCAAGUUGGCGCGUAUGGCAGAUCCCGCAGACGGGAAAUUCCAUUAUCCAAUCACGGAACGACGUAGUCGUACGAUAACGGACACCUUACGCCUGGCGGAAAAGAACCUGGAUGCUUUCUGGAAGACCGCCGACGCGUUCUGCAAGAGGCUGGCGGGAGCAAGCUUUCCGGACAUCUUGAAGCGUGAUAUCACCCGCGGUCGCUCUAUUCGUCGCACUGCAGCAUGGACUGAGCCGACCACCCAUCGUGACGAGAGACCUCAACCCCAGUCUAUAUACAAGGCUCUCCCAUCCGAGAGUCGUAGUGGUGACGAAGACAUCAGAUCAUUGGCGAAAAUCAAGAAGAAGAUCAAGACCCGUGGUACCUGCGGCCCCGCCAGUCUCGCUGAUAUACAAGAACCCGAAUCCUUUGAGCGCUUGGACUCUCCACCGCCACAAGUGACAGUUGACAAGCGCUCUCACUUGGUCUUUAAGACCCUGUUCUUCUCGCCUUCCGCACGAGACGUACCAGGUGAAGUAUCCUGGAAGGAUUUCGUUCACGCUAUGGUGCAGCGCGGCUUUGAAGCAGAGAAACUCCAUGGGUCUGCGUGGAGAUUCACACCGGCUUUGAACACAGAGCGUGCGAUCCAGUUCCAUGCUCCACACGGCGCGCUCAGCAAACUUCCUUUGACGUGGGCGAGGCGAUAUGGCAGACGACUGGAGAGAGAGUAUGGGUGGACGGGUGAGAUGUUUACUCUUGCCUAG